AUGGAGUUGAAGAAAGAUAAGCUAGUGAGGUUUUAUGAUAAUGAGAAACAAGAUGUUCAAUUUUCAUGGGAAAAAAGUGACACCCAAAAACACUCAAAAGAGCACAAAGUCUCAGCAGCAGCAGCCCCUCCGUUAAUUCCUGAAGGCAGCACUGCUGCUGGUGUUAGAGCUAAACCUCACAGAUUUGCGAGUUUUAAGGUUUUCCCAGAGAGCCAUGAGCCAUACAAGAAGAAAAUUCUUGAUCCAGGAAGUGACAUUUUCUUGCAAUGGAAUAGGAUUUUCCUCUUUUCUUGCUUGGUGGCGCUGUUCGUUGAUCCGCUCUUUUUCUACCUUCCUUCUGUGCUGAAUGAUGCUUAUGUAUCGCCAAGUUCAAGAGUUUUCGGGAGGGGUGAACUUGUUAUGGAUCCCAAGAAGAUAGCAAGAAGGUAUUUGAGAACGGAUUUCUUCAUAGAUCUCAUAGCUACACUGCCUCUCCCUCAGAUUGUGAUAUGGUUUAUUAUACCUGCAGUUAGAAGCUCCCAUAGUACCAAUAAUGCCCUUGUACUGAUUGUUCUGCUCCAAUAUGUUCCAAGAUUAUAUCUUAUUUUUCCAUUAAGUUCUCAGAUUAUCAAAGCCACUGGUGUAGUCACAAAGACAGCUUGGGCUGGGGCUGCAUAUAAUCUCAUCCUCUACAUGUUAGCCAGUCAUGUCUUGGGGGCAUCAUGGUAUUUGUUGUCCAUUGAACGGUACAUGACAUGCUGGAAGUCAGAAUGCAGAAAGGAAUUCAGCCCCAUGAAAUGUUUCCUCGGCUACUUGGAUUGUGGUAAUUUUAACAACGAUGAUCGCCGCAGAUGGAUGAACAGCACUCAAGUGUUUAGCAACUGCAACCCAGAAAACACCAUCGAUUUCAAUUAUGGCAUUUUUGAGAAUGCAGUGACUAAAAAUGUGGUCUCCACAGAGUUUCUUCAGAAGUACUUCUAUUGUCUUUGGUGGGGCUUACAGAACUUGAGCUCCUAUGGGCAGACUUUGACUACAAGCACAUUUAUUGGGGAAACUUCUUUUGCCAUACUCAUUGCUAUCUUGGGUCUGGUUCUGUUUGCUCACUUAAUUGGAAAUAUGCAGACCUAUUUGCAAUCCAUCACUGUGAGACUUGAGGAGUGGAGGCUCAAACGGAGGGACACAGAGGAGUGGAUGAAACAUCGCCAGCUCCCCCGAGAUCUGCAAGAGCGUGUAAGGCGAUUCGUGCAGUACAAGUGGGUUGCCACUCGAGGAGUUGAUGAAGAAUCAAUCUUACAUGCCUUGCCUACUGAUCUUCGUCGUGAUAUCCAACGCCACCUAUGUUUAGAUCUUGUUCGACGCGUCCCCUUUUUCUCACAGAUGGAUGGUCAGCUUCUCGACGCCAUAUGCGAGCGUUUAGUAUCCUCCUUAAGUACUCAGGGCACCUACAUUGUUCGUGAAGGUGAUCCCGUUACAGAAAUGCUUUUCAUCAUACGAGGGAAGCUAGAGAGCUCAACAACAAAUGGAGGGAGGAUAGGUUUCUUCAACUCAAUUACUUUGAGACCUGGUGACUUUUGUGGUGAAGAAUUGCUUGCUUGGGCAUUGCUUCCCAAAUCAACCCUCAACUUGCCUUCUUCAACAAGAACAGUUCGAUCCCUUGAUGAAGUGGAAGCCUUUGCACUGAGAGCAGAGGACCUCAAAUUUGUUGCCAACCAAUUUAGACGGCUUCAUAGCAAGAAGCUGCAGCACACAUUCCGUUUCUACUCUUACCAUUGGAGAACUUGGGCUGCUUGCUUCAUUCAGGUUGCAUGGCGCCGGUUCAAGAAGCGACUCCUGGCAAAGAACCUCAGCAUGGUAGAGUCAUUUUCAUAUAAUUAUGACAAGCAUGAAGAGGCUGAUGAGGCAGAAGAAGAAAAGGAAGACUACCCUAAUACCACUAAUGCAACUUCAAAUACUUUCCAAGUAAGACAAAAUCUUGGUGUCACAAUUCUGGCUUCAAGGUUUGCUGCAAACACUAGGAGAGGAGCUCAGAAAAUCAAGGAUGUUCAAUUGCCUAAGUUGUUGAAGCCUGAAGAGCCAGACUUCUCAAUAGAGCCAGAAGAUGACUAG